AUUUUUUUUUCUGUGUGUGUGUGUGGGUUUUGCCGCUCGUUCUUCAGGGUCGCGCGUGUCAUCCAGAGGUUCUUGGUGCUUGAGGUGCCGGGGUUGGGCCACACUCACACUCACACUCACGCACACGCACACGCACACGCACACACACACGCACGUGGACUUGCUCGUGUCUGUGUUCGGCUGGAUUCAGUAGAGGUUAAGUGACGCAAGCUCGACUGGCAUCAUGGUCUUGACGGCGCGUCAGCAGGAAGAGCUGCAGCUCGCCGUGCAUGCGUACCUCGUGGAGGCAGGGCAUGCCGAAGCUGCCGCUGCCAUGGCCAAAUCGGCCAACCUCGGGGACGACGCGGGUGAUGCCAAGUACACAGGUCUCCUUGAGAAAAAGUGGACCACCAUCACCCGGCUGCAAAAGCGCAACAUGGAGCUGCAAGCCGAGGUCGAGGAGCUCCGCUCGUCGGCUCGCGCCCCGCGCUCCCGCACCACCACAAAAAUGGAAGAAUGGGUCCCCCGCCCGCCUGCCACGGUGGCCGUCGAUGGUCAUCGUCUGCCCAUCACGGCCGUUGCCAUCCAUCCGUCCUUUGCCGUCAUGGCCAGCGCCUCGGAAGACGCUUCCAUCAAGCUGUGGGACAUGGAGUCUGGCAACUUUGAACGCUCACUUAAGGGUCACACCAACGCCGUGAACGACAUUGCAUAUGAUCGCGAAGGCAAUCGUCUCGUUUCCUGCUCAACUGACAUGACCAUCAAGGUGUGGAACAUGGACAACUUUACCUGCACCAAAACUCUGUCUGGCCACGAUCACACCGUAUCCUCGGUUCGGUUUGAUCACACCGGUGAUCGGGUCUUCUCCGCGUCUCGCGACAAGACAAUUAAAAUUUGGGAGCUGGCAACGGGUUACUGCCUUCAGACCCUCCAGGGCCACUCAGAUUGGGUGCGCAGCAUCGACGUGUCAGCCGAUGGAGCAUGGAUCUGCAGUGCUUCGAGUGAUCACACGGUGCGAGUGUGGUCCGUGGCCAGCGGCGAGUGCAAACACGUCUGGUCUGAUCAUGAGCACGUCGUGGAGCAUGCCAGCUUUGCGCCGCUGGUAGCCCACGAGGCUUUGAACCUGAUGAUCUUUGGCUCCAAGCCUUCGGCUGAGGCUGCUAGCAAGGGUCCCUUUGUGGCAUCAGCCAGCCGAGACAAGUCCAUUUGCCUAUUUGAUGUGUCCACUGGGCAACACCUUGCUCGCCUGACGGGCCAUGACAACUGGGUGCGCGCUACGGCCUGGAGCCGGGGCGGCCGCUAUCUUUUCUCAGUGGCAGAUGAUAAGACGAUGCGCGUGUGGGAUAUCGCUACCAAGCGCGUUAGCAAGACCAUCCCUGCGCACAACCACUUUGUCUCCUGCAUUGCCGUACAUGCCAAGAACACCCACGUCGUGACUGGAAGUGUCGACCUCAAGGUCAAGGUCUGGGAAUGUAACUGA